AUGAAGAAAGCAGCGGGGGUUGGAGUACCUUUGUUGCUGAUUCUGGCGGUCUCCGUGUACCUUGUCCUGAAAAACGCACCGUCAAAACAACGGGUCAUCAAAAGGUCCAUAGCAUUACCGGAUGACCUCCAGAAAGCACUCCGAGCUGCUGCGGCUAAAGACGCCCCUCCUUACGUCAAGAACAAACGCUUUCUACCGGCCAUUGCGAACGUCGCUGGAAAUCUUUUGUCAAAAGGGGACGGAGUUAAUUUAGGACAACUAUCAGACACGAUUCAGCAACUGGGUUCUUUGGAGAACAUGGGACCGGAUAUCAUGUCGGACAGUGUGAAACAUGAGGCCGAGGUGACCGGAGAGGUUGAAAAGGAGGUGGCGGAAAAGACAAUAGACCAACUACUCGAAGACAUUGAAAAGAAAGAAGAAGACGAUGAAGAAGGAGAAGGAGAUGGUGACGGUGAGCAGAGUGAGAUAAAGGCUGAGAUCGAUUUCGAAGAAGAAAAAGGCAUGGUCGAAGAAGACAUGUUCGCACCACCAGGAAUGAAAAUGAAGAUUGACAUUGAAGAAGAUCCUGAGGAGGACGACGAAGAGGACGACAUGUCCGAGGAAACAGCCUACUCUUACCCGUUGGGAAUGGGAACAGCUCUGAUGAACGGUUGUUUCGGGACCGGAUACGUAGCAGGAGAUCCGUGCUAUGAUGAUACAAGUGAACUUCCGGCCUGUUAUGUGAGUGAUGUCUCUGGAUGUCCUUAUACACAAUGUACAAUAUAA